AUGGAAACUCCAAGUCUAUGGCAAGCUGACAACGUGACAUUACCUGCAUUUACCCUUAAACAUUCAAUUGUUGAACACCUCCUCCUCAUGGAUCCCUGUCAGUCCUCUGCUCCUCCUAAGAAAUUUCCUCGAGGGAGAAAUUCAGGAAUUUACAGGGGUGUCAGAAUGAGGACAUGGGGCAAAUGGGUUUCUGAAAUAAGGGUUCCGAAGACUGGACAAAGGAUAUGGCUGGGUUCUUAUGAUGCCCCAGAGAAAGCAGCUCGAGCAUGUGAUGCUAUCCAGUAUUGUAUUCGUGGUGAAUGUGGGCAAUUCAAUUUUCCUGCUGAAAGAAGGCCACAACUUCCUAGUGGUCCAGUAGAUGCAUUGUUCAAGAAGGAAAUAAAGGCUAUUGCCUUUAACUUUGCUUCGUCAAAUGCAUAA